AUGGAGCCCGCCGAGGGCCCGGAGGCGGUGAGCUUCCACGGCGACGAGGAGAUCAUCGAGGUGGUGGAGCUGGGCCCACCCGGGCCGGAUGACCUGGCCGACGAGAUGGAAGACGUGGACUUUGAUGACGAGGGGGCAGAAGAGCCCGAUGCCGAGGGUUGGGAAACGGAAGAGGAUGAGAGAGUGGAGGAUGGCAUGGAGGUGCAGGAUGACAGCGAUGUCACAUUUUCCCUCCACUCAGCUUCUGUUUUCUGCGUAAGCCUUGACCCCAAGACCAACACGCUGGCAGUGACAGGUGGGGAGGAUGACAAGGCCUUUGUGUGGCGCGUGAGCGAUGGAGAGCUCCUGUUUGAAUGCUCAGGACACAAGGAUUCAGUCACCUGUGCUGGCUUCAGUCAUGAUUCUGUGUUUGUGGCCACGGGUGACAUGUCUGGGCUUAUCAAAGUGUGGCGGGUGGAUGCCAAGGAAGAAGUGUGGUCAUUUGAGGUGGGGGACUUGGAGUGGAUGGAGUGGCAUCCUCAAGCCCAUGUCCUUCUGGCGGGCACAGCUGAUGGCAACUCCUGGAUGUGGAAGAUCCCCAGUGGAGACUGCAAAACCUUCCAAGGCCCUGCGUGCCCAGCCACGUGUGGCAAGAUCCUGCCUGAUGGGAAGCGAGUGGUGGUGGGGUAUGAGGACGGGACCAUGCGCAUCUGGGACCUGAAGCAGGGAACUUCACUGCAUGUCCUGAAAGGGCAGGAUGGUCACCAGGACCCCCUGACAUGUGUGGCCAGCAACCAGGAUGGCAGUUUGAUCAUGACAGGCUCAGUGGACUGUUACACCAAGCUGGUCAACUCCACCACGGGCAAGGUGGUGUGUGUGUUCAAGAUGGAGAACAUAGCACCCAAGGCUCCUGCCGGCCAGAGUGAGGAGGCUGAAUCCAACUCAGUGGAGUCAUUGGGAUUCUGCAAUGUGAUGCCACUGGUUGCUGUGGGCUACCUGAAUGGCACACUGGCUAUCUAUGACCUCUCCACACAGAGCUUGAGGCAUACGUGCCAACACAAGUCAGGGAUUGUGCAGUUGCUGUGGGAGGAGAACUCGGCCGUGGUGUACACCUGCAGCCUGGAUGGUGCCGUGCGGCUCUGGGACGCCCGCUCAGGGAAGAUGAUCAGCGAGUACCGAGGGCACUCGGCCGAAAUCCUCGACUUUGCUGUCAACAAGGAUGCCUCCAUUGUGGUGACGACCUCUGGUGACCACCAAGCCAAAGUAUUCUGCGUCCAGCGCCCCGAUCGCUAGGA